AUGGCCGGAGAAGCAGACUCUUCUGCCAUGACCACCAGCAGCGCUGAUCGCAUGGUAGGCAUGGACCACGCUGAAGUGCGUUAUUUCACGAGUUAUGAUCACCAUGGCAUUCAUGAGGAGAUGCUUAAAGAUGAUGUUCGUACUAGAUCGUACCGUGACUCUAUUUACCAGAACCGUCACAUCUUCAAGGACAAGGUCGUUCUCGAUGUCGGUUGCGGAACUGGUAUUCUCAGCAUGUUCGCCGCCAAGGCAGGUGCCAAGCAUGUGAUUGGUGUCGAUAUGUCGUCGAUCAUUGAGAAGGCUCGUGAGAUUGUUGCUGUGAAUGGCUUGUCGGACAAGAUCACCCUGCUCCAGGGAAAGAUGGAGGAGGUUGUCCUCCCUUAUCCCAAGGUUGAUAUCAUCAUCUCCGAGUGGAUGGGCUACUUCCUUCUCUAUGAGAGCAUGUUGGACACCGUUCUCUACGCCCGUGACCGUUACCUUGUUCCUGGCGGCAAGAUCUUCCCCGACAAGGCCACCAUGUACUUGGCUGCCAUCGAGGAUGGCGAGUACAAGGAUGACAAGAUCGGAUUCUGGGAUAAUGUGUAUGGAUUCAACUACAGCCCGAUGAAGCAGAUUGCCCUUACCGAACCCCUUGUCGACACUGUCGAGAUGAAGGCGCUCGUUACCGACCCUUGCCCCAUCAUCACCCUUGAUCUUUACACUGUCACUCCGGCCGACUUGGUCUUCAAGGUACCCUUUUCGCUUCCUGCCAAGCGCAGUGACUUCAUCCACGCAGUGAUCGCUUGGUUCGAUAUUGAAUUUGGCGCAUGCCACAAGCCCAUCACCUUCUCCACCGGUCCCCAUGCCAAAUACACCCACUGGAAGCAGACCGUCUUCUAUCUUCGCGAUGUUCUGACCGUCGAAGAGGAGGAAGUUGUUUCCGGUGUUCUCGAGAACAAGCCGAACGACAAGAACAAGCGCGACCUUGACAUCAGCAUCUCCUACAAGUUCGAGACCACGGAUCCGAACCGUUACUCCGAGGGCAGCUGCUUCUACAGGAUGUGCUAA